GCAGUAGGAAGCAAGGCUGAGUCAGCCUCGGGCUUGCCGGAUAUAGACACAGAUGGGGCGCGGGCUUGCCCAAACGAGAGCGAAUGUUCUAGUGACCACCAGCAGUGCCGGAUGUGCGGUGCUUAAUACACCGCUGGGGCAGCGGCCUUCCACCACUCUUUGACGACAACCACCACCAUCUACGCUAGCCUUUCUACAUAUACCCUUGUCUAGUCUCUUGCGCUCCUUCAUCAUGGACAACCAACACUCAGUUGGCGGUCUCCUGCAACACCUGCUGGAUUCUAACCCUCAGAUUGGGCACGCUAUCCACAACUUUGUCCGUGGUUUCACCAACCACCACGAACCUCCUCGCGAGCCGAACCUUCCGCUUGACGACCCGGACCUGGCAGACAUGCCGCCCUUGGAGCCGAUACCUGACGACCCUUUAUCGCACGGAAGCUCCUCAGAGAGCGAGGAGCAACCCAUAGAGGAUGUCGCACGAUCUGUAGGAGACCUGUCUUUGUCCUCUCCUCCGACGCCUGAUUCCGCAAUUCAGAAUCAGGAUGCGACCGUCCACUCAACAGCAUCGUCUGCAGAGGGCCCUUCACAUAGGGGGCGCUCCCCAGACGCCGAGUCGGUCGGCUCUAUGCCGUCUCUAUAUACGGUGUCGGAUGCGGAUGCUGACUUCCAGAUGCAUGACGCAGAGCCGUCCCAUGUAUUCCCUGCACACCUCCACUUUUCGCCGCAGGCAGGCUCACGCCGUGCGCGCGUUGAUGACGAGAUUGAUGAAGAGGACUUGCGCGAGACGAAUCGUCAACGCAUGAGCUCUCCUGACGGGUCCGACGACGCCGACGCUCAGCAGGCUCGGCCAGCAACACCUGGAGGCAGCCCUCAGCAGAACCAGGACCCUCCGAACAUGCCACCGCCGCCGCCGUACAGCCGACUCGUCUACUCAUUCGACAUUUUCCCUGGCCCCGGCUUGGACCCUCCUGAGCACGGCUCGCAAGGAGAGGCCCCGGCUCAAGAACAGAAUCCGCAUCACCACCAUCGUCACCCUCCCCUGCCGAUGUUCAACUUCACCUUCCAUAUACCGGUUACUCCGGGAGCGAGCGCUGGAGCGCACGCUGAACCCAAUGGUGUUCCGCAUAUGGCCGGCUUGCCGCCGCAGUUCUUCCCUCUCGCUCCGGGUGCGGAACCCUUCUUUAUGCCCUUCUUCCCCUUUGGGCCUCCGCGCGAAGAGGAAGUCGACGAUCCCAAACGAGCCGAGAAGUUGAUGCGCGGAUUGGAGGAGGUGCCGGAGGGCUUCGUAGCUCGCAUCGAGAGGGUCAGUGGCGACGAGGGUGACUCGUUAUGCUCCAUUUGCUGGGAGAAGCUCAGCUCGGAAGGUGGUGGCUUCGACGCUGAAGAGCCUGCCGGUAACGGUGCAGACGCGAACGCGAGGAUGGACGUUGAUGAACACACAACGCCGGCCUCCGCCGCCCCGACGGAGGCGCCAUCCCCUACGAAGAAGGAUCUUCCUAGGAUUGUAGCGCUCCCUUGCUCACACGUCUUCCACACGUCAUGCCUGCUCCCUUGGUUCACGAAGCCGCAUCGCACGACUUGUCCUUCAUGUCGCUUCGACAUCGAUCCCGAAUCCCUGACGUACGUCCCGCCGCCUCGCAGGCAACGAGCCCAACCUACGCAUGGUCCGGCGCAGGCGCCGGUUGGUGCACAACCGCCACAAGCCCCAGCACAGGCGCAGUCCGCUCCUGGCGUUGCGCCUCCUCCUCAGCCAAUGUCGAACGCCCCUCAGGCCGCUUCCCCCGAAGCGACUCAGGGCCAGCCACCACGGCUGGGCCCUACGCCGGACCUCCCCUUCGAGUUCAAUCUCUUCUUCCCUGUCAUGGGCGGUCCGGGCGGUCCCGGUCCUGCAUACAUCCCGCUCGACGCUCAGACGACACGUAACCUCUUCCAGCGUCUCUUCGGCGGCGCGCCGCAGCCUCCACCGCAGGCGCCGCAAGAACCUCAGGGUCAAGCACCGCCGUCUGCUCCCCAGUCCAAUGCCCCUGCGCCGAACGAUCAGAACCCACCUGCGGGCGGUCCCAGUCCAUGGGGCAUCCCGAAUCUAUGGCAGAACAUGUUCGGCGUCCACCCUCCGCAUCCCCCUCAGGCGACUGCAAACGCGGCCGCUGGAGCUGCGCCGCAACGUCCAGCGAGUGCAGCCUCGACUGGAUCACGCAGUCAGGGCCGCGGUCGUCCCCCAGAGAAGCAGCAUUGGACACCGCCCGCUCCCCCCGGGCAGACGCUGCGCCAGCGUGUCGAGCGCAAGGAGCGUGAGCGUGGCCUGCGGUGCUGGGACGUGAGCUGCGGUCUCGGCCCCAUGGAUGAGGAUCCGUUCCCCGUCAUCGACCCAUCGACCAUCCGCCAGAUAUCAAUCAAUCGGAUAGGCGGCAACGGUGAGAAGGUGUGCGAGCACACGUUCCACCCAUCCUGCCUCGUGAGCGCGGAACGUGUCGCGGGCUGGGGCGGAGAGGACAAGAAGGAGGAGAAGGAGGGUGAAGAGGUCGAAGUGUCGUGCCCCGUCUGCAGGGCCGUUGGCAUCAUCCCGCGAACGGACUGGGACGAGGGUGCGUGCGCGCUCGCAUAGGCGCCUCUUCAUUCGCCGUCGCAUACCCCUCGUCGGAUCGCUCGCACUACAUUUCAUUGACACUAAUGCGCUAGGCAUCAUAGAUACGUUACCUGUAUCACUAUAGUUUGCAAUCUCAUCUCAUUUGUAUAUCACA